UUCGCCUACUUAUCGCGUGAAUCCCUCUUGUCGGGCCGGAAGUCACGAGAGCUCGCCGUUCUUGGGUCGGAAGCGACGUCGACAACGUGAGGGAGCUCGCUGGUUGCGAAGGUAACCAUUUUCUCCCUCCCAUUCGCGCGCUUCUUCGGCCAAAUCUCGUAAAUCCUCCGAACUCCCGGAUUUAGUCCGCAAAAAGAUAUUUUGGACAAUAUCGGCGAACGAAAUUAUAUUAUGCGGACAUUUAUUUCUUCCCAUUCAAUUUUGCGGCAGAUCUAUUUGUAGAAACGGGGAAGGUCUUUUUGUAGAUUGCGGGUUACUGCUAAAUUUUUAUUUGGAAAAUGGGGAUAGAAAAUUACCAUGUUAUAGAACUCAUUGGUGAAGGCUCAUUUGGAAAGGUUUACAAAGGCAGGCGCAAGUAUACAAGUCGGACUGUUGCGAUGAAGUUUAUUCUAAAAUCAGGAAAGAGCGAGAAGGAUAUUCACAAUCUUAGACAAGAGAUAGAGAUUCUGAGGAAACUGAAACAUGAAAACAUCAUUGAAAUGCUGGAUGCCUUUGAAAGUCCUCAAGAAUUCUGCGUUGUUACAGAGUUUGCCCAGGGAGAAUUAUUUGAAAUUCUUGAGGAUGACAAGUCACUUCCAGAAGAACAAGUUCAAGCGAUUGCUAAGCAACUGGUAAAAGCCUUAUAUUACUUGCAUUCCAAUCGCAUUAUCCAUCGGGAUAUGAAGCCACAAAACAUACUUAUUGGGGCAGGAUCUAUUGUUAAGCUUUGUGAUUUUGGCUUUGCUCGAGCAAUGUCAGCAAACACUGUUGUUCUCCGCUCAAUAAAGGGUACACCGCUGUACAUGGCCCCUGAACUGGUGCGUGAACAACCAUACAAUCACACAGCUGAUUUAUGGUCCCUUGGAGUUAUCUUGUAUGAGUUGUUUGUUGGUCAGCCACCAUUUUACACAAACUCAGUGUAUGCACUUAUUCGACAAAUUGUGAAGGAUCCCGUGAAAUUUCCAGAGGAUAUGGGCUCACAUUUUAGGAGUUUCUUGAAGGGCUUACUUAACAAGGUACCAGAGAAAAGGCUAUCUUGGCCGGCUCUAUUGGAGCACCCAUUUGUCAAAGAAAUUUCAGAGGAUAAUUCAGCCUUGGAAGUGCAGGGGCUUGCUAAUGUCUCCAGCAAGGGAUUUGAUGUCACCUGCAGUAGAGAAGAAAAAAACUGCAUUCCUGAUUUAGCAUCUGAAUCUGCUUCCAAUAAUACUUGUAAGGGGAACUCUUCUCAUCUUGAAUGUGACAAAAAUGAGAACCUCUGCUCCGAUGUCCAUGUAGACAGCCCUGGUCUAGCUAAAAAUAGUCAAUAUGAUGAAUCUUCAUCAUGUCAUCGUUCUCCUGAAAAUUCUCCAUCAGAAUACCAAAUUUUGGAUAAGCUGGAGAAUAACUCAAAAACCAUCAAAGGGGCAAGUAUUAUUGGUCAAGACAAUGAGGCAUUAUCUGUCAUUUUGCUUCCAUUGAAGACUUGCUCGAGUGGAUCUCCUACAUCUUUAAGGGAUUUAAAUAUUGAUUACGUAAACCAGUCAAUCAGAAUUAUCUCCAAUUUAAUAGCAGCUGGAGUGCAGCAGUCUUCUGCCGCGCUUGAUGACAUUUUAAGUGUGCUACUUGACUUUACAAAUUUCAUUGUCAAACUGAAGCUUUCUGACGCCCAUGGAUUAAUAAUAAAGAGCCUAUCAAUUUUAAAAAAGUUAUUGGAUAACAAUGGAAGCGGAGUCAGAAGUUCUUAUGCUAGACAUUGGGUUGCCCUCAGCAGACUAUAUUCACAGAUUUUGAUCAUAGUCAAGGACACAUCUGGAAGAAUUUUCUACGAGUCUACUGCCUGCAUUGCAAUAAUGUUAUCUCGAGUUGCUUUGGGAUUUAAAAAAUCAGAGGCAAUUGACGUUCCUGAGAAGGUUUCUGCUACGUUUUCUCAAGAGGAAAUUCUCAUUCAAAUAGUUGAUAAUGCCCGAACUUCAGGAAUUGUGGAGGCUUUGUGUGAAUGUUUAGUAGUUUCAGGAUCUAGUCUUAUGUCAGGAUCUUCAAAUAUGGUGCCUGCUGCAUGUGAAGCUUGCAAGGCUAUUUGGUAUCUGGUUGAAGCAUUGGAGAUUAAUUCAAUGAGUCCACCAAGUUAUUUUUUUCCAUUGAAUGAUUCUCGUUCUAAGUCUGUGUUCCAAAAUGAUAUGCAGACGGAAAAACAAGGCUUAUUAUCUCAUACAGAAGCAGCUAAUGUGAUUGAAAUGAUCAGGAAAUGGUUCCUUCAGUCAAAAGCUAUGCAGACUGCCUUUUAUUAUUGUUUCCACAAUGGUUUAGAGUCGGCUCUUCUUGCUGGUCUUCAGCUUAUAUCAAGGAUGUGUCUGCCAAAUAUUGAUGUGUGCAAUGUGCUUUGUGGCCUGCAAAAUUCAAAUAAUAAUGACAAGGUAGAUGCUGGUGGGGACGGAACCAUAAUCUCUGACAUAUUCUCCUUAUUGUCACUGUGUGCUCCUUACAUCAAUAAUAAUGAAUCAAGAGAGGAACACAAUAAGAAAUGUAGACUUUCCAAUCCGCAUGGCAUAGUUCUACAUUGUUGCAUUGCCUUGUCUUCCAUCGCUUACUGCUUAAAGUCAGAUGGAAAAUUUUCAGCAUCUUAUAUGCUUACAAGUUCCCAAAAGAAACAACGAAUUCGUCUAUCAGUGCUUGCACAUCUAUGUUCUUCUGAUGAUAGGGCCCUAGAUUCAAUUCAAUUGCAUUGUGCAUCAGCCAUGCUGGCUUUAUCAGCAAUUACUUGUCUUGAAUGCGUCUGUGCUUCAAAAUCGUCCAUAAGUGAGGUAGCACUAACUUUACUUCCUCCGAUGGCAACACUUCGUACCCAUCUCAAACUUUGGUUAGCUGAUGAAAUGGGGAUACAAUUCAAUGAUAUGUGGUCAUUGAUCUUGUGUCAUGGCCUUAAGGAUGGUUGUCUCGGGUUGUUGGAUGCUAGAUUGAAAUGGGGUGGACCACUUGCCAUGGAACAAGCAUGUUCAAAUGAUAUUCCACAACUUCUUAUUUGUUUGUUAGCUCAUGGCCCUAAGAAAGACCCUUCAGAUAUAAAUAAUGCUGCAAAGAUUCAUGCAGGUUUAUCACCAAUGGGAGUUGUAUGGGCACUUUCUUCCCUGUGCCAUUGCCUCCCCGGUGGUGUUUUUAGGGAGACAUUGUUUAGGAGAGACCAUGUGAAGCUCAUUGUUGAUCUCAUAUCUGAUGCACAUAUUAAGUUAUUAAGAUGUUGGAGAGGGUUUGGUGGAGGAAAUAAUGGAGUUAGAGAUCUUCUGAAUUCAGUGGUAGAUCUCUUUGCAUUUCCCUUCAUUGUUGUUCAGAGCUCCCCGAGUAUGCCCCCAACUUCUGCAUCCAUAAAUAGUGGCUACCUUCUGAACAUCGAUUCACCUGGUAGGAGAAUGGGUGUCGAAAGUAGGGAAAUGGUGAAGUCCAUUGAGGCUAACAUGUCUCAUUAUAUUCAGAUUCUUCUUGAGGCUGGUGUUCCUUGCAGUAUUCUUGGAUGCUUGGAUUUUAUGGAUUCCAAAGAUCUAGCCAAGCCAGUAGCUUUUUUUGCUAAAAUGGUUGCAUAUCGUCCCUUGGCAUUGCAGCUUGUUAGAGAAGGUUUGUUGAGUUCAAAUUUGGCUAAAAGGUUGCUUGGGGGAUUGAGCCCUAAGGCAGUUAUGCUUGACUUUCUCAUGAUUGUUUCUGACCUUGCUCGGAUGUCGAAGGACUUCUAUGAACCCAUAGAUAAGGCUUGUUUGCUUGGUCACUUGAAAGACUAUUUAUGCAGUGAGGAUGCUGAUUUACGUUCCAAAGCUUGCAGUGCCAUUGGAAACAUGUGUCGCCACAGUGACUACUUUUAUAAAUCUCUUGCGAUGCAUGAGAUUGUGGAUCUCCUUAUUGAUAGAUGUUCUGAUCCGGACAAACGUACUAGAAAGUUUGCCUGUUUUGCUGUUGGAAAUGCUGCAUACCACAGUGAUGCUCUUUAUGUUCAGCUGAGGAGAUCUAUACCUCAACUCACCAAGCUUCUGCUAUCAACAGAUGAAGAUAAAACCAAAGGGAAUGCAGCUGGCGCAUUAAGCAAUCUUGUGCGCAACUCCAACCUACUCUGCAAAGACAUUGAGAAGGAGGGAGCAAUACAGGCUUUGAUAAAGUUGGUGAGUGAUUACUCCACUGUUGCGUUAAGCCCAAGCAGAAGAGAUGCAAUCACCGAAUCACCUCUAAAGAUCGUACUCUUUGCUUUGGGGAAAAUGUGUGACCACACGAUUUGCAGACGAGCGCUCCGAUCAUUAAAUUCUGCUCCCCUCUUCACACAACUGAAACGCUCACCUGAUUCAAUUAUUGCCGAGUAUGCUUCAAUCAUUCUUACCAAAUCAUCUCAGGCUUGAUGGGUAGGUUUUUAUUUGAGGAAUGCAAUUUCUUUCUUGUCUACUUGCUAUCACAUGUACAUAUAAAACAAAAUGUGCAGAACAAUCAAUUUUGAUAGUUUGUUCUUGAGCUAUUCAUAUUUUUUUGCCAGCGCCCUCCAAAUUCAUUAAAAGUUAGAAAUGA